UACCACUAAUGACACAUUCUUCAACUAAUAAGCUCCUCUCUCUUUUCUUGCAACUUUUGCUCGGAAUUCUAUGCUUUGUUUGAUCAAAUCUCUUUUCUCUCUGCAAAAGUAAUGAUAAGCUUUUUUAUGCUAAGCUUCAGAUCUGACAUCUCUUUCUACGAGUAACGGUCUAUAUCUUUGUGGUUCCUUUGAGUUUUCUUAACCAGCCAUUGUUCACAAGCUCAGCUCUCUCUCUCUGGUUCACGAUUCUAACUUUAGAGCAAGUGAAAGAGAAGGAAAAAAAUGCUCAAGAUUGAAAGCCCUACUACUCUCUUUUUUCGUUCAAACACUACUUGUAAUGCUCUGCUUCGGGAGCUUCAGAACAUAUGGGUUGAUAUUGGUGAGAGUGAUGCUGAGAAAGACCGGAUGCUAAUGGAAUUGGAGAGGGAGUGUCUCGAGAUUUACAGGAGAAAAGUGGAUGAGGCUGCAAAUUCUAAAGCAAAGCUUCAUCAAUCAAUUGUAUCAAUUGAAGCUGAAAUAGCUUCUUUAAUGGCUGUUCUUGGAGUGUUAAAUAUCCAUUCACCGAUCAAAGCAGAGAAAGGUUCAAAAUCACUGAAAGAAAAGCUUGCCGCUGUGACUCCUCUUGUUGAGGACUUGAGAUUGCAGAAAGAUGAAAGAAUGAAGCAAUUUGUGGAUAUCAAAACUCAAAUUGAGAAGAUGAGUGGUGAAAUCUCUGGAUACAAUGACCAACUCAACAAAGCCAUGCUUGGUUCUUUGACUCUCGAUGAACAAGACUUGACUCUUCGGAAACUUAACGAGUACCAAACACAUCUCCGCUCGCUCCAGAAGGAGAAGUCGGAUCGUCUGAACAAGGUUUUGGAUUAUGUGAAUGAGGUGCACACUCUAUGCGGUGUUCUUGGGGAAGAUUUUGGUCAAACUGUUAGCGAGGUUCAUCCAAGCUUACAUAGGACUGACCAUGAGCAAUCCACAAACAUUAGUGAUACUACAUUGGAUGGUCUACAACACAUGAUUCAAAAGCUGAAAACCGAAAGAGGAGUGCGCUUUCAAAAGUUAAAGGAUGUAGUGGGGUCACUUUUCGAGCUAUGGAAUCUAAUGGACACACCGCAGGACGAGAGAGUAAAAUUUGCAAGAGUCAGUUUAGUUGUAAGAUCAUCUGAUUCUGAUAUCACUGAGCCAAAUGUCCUUUCUACUGAAACGAUUGAACAGGUGUCUGCAGAAGUAGACUGUUUCAAUAAGCUGAAGUCAAGCAGAAUGAAGGAACUUGUGAUGAAAAGAAGGUCUGAGUUAGAGAAUCUUUGCAAAUUGGCUCACAUGGAGCCUGAUACAAGCACAUCGCUGGAGAAGUCAACUGCUUUGAUUGAUUCUGGAUUAGUGGACCCUUCAGAGCUUCUUGCAAAUAUUGAAUUGCAUAUAAACCAAAUCAAAGAAGAGGCACAUAGCCGGAAAGAAAUAAUUGAUAGGAUUGACCGCUGGCUAUCUGCGUGUGAAGAGGAAAACUGGCUAGAAGAAUACAACCAGGAUGAAACCCGGUAUAGUGCUGGAAGAGGUGGACAUGUCAAUCUCAAGCACGCAGAACGAGCCCGGAUCACAGUAAACAGGAUCCCAUCAAUGGUUGACAAUCUCAUCAAGAAAACGCUUAUAUGGGAGGAUGAAACACAAAAAUCAUUUCUAUAUGAUGGUGUUCGAUUGGUAUCCAUACUUGAAGAUUAUAAACUGACAAGGAAACAACAGGAAGAGGAAAAGAAACGAUACCGGGAUCAAAAGAAGAUGCAGGAUCUCUUAUUAAAGAGGAGGGAAUCAAUUUAUGGAUCAAAACCGAGUCCAAGAAGAAGCAGCAGUGUAAAAAAGCCCAACGGAUACAAUGGGGAUGCAUCAGUGCCUCCUACGCCUCGCAGAAACUCAGCUGGAGCAACAAAUACUGACAUUGUGACUCCAAGAUCUUACUCGAGCCAUCGCCAAAACGGAUAUUUCAAGGAAGUAAGGAAACUCUCAACUGCUCCAUUGAACUUUGUGGCCAUACCAAAGGAAGAUUCUGGCUCCACAUACACUUCAGUUUACGGCUCUGAACCAGAUUCACCGUUAUAUAACUAAGUCUUGGUUCAAUGAUAAGAACUUGAGAUGGAGUAGGAGUUGAGAGUUAGAUGAAUGUAAUCAGAAGUUACUACUGAUGCAGAUCCAGUAAUUGUAGACAAGUAGUGGUCGUAUACUCGUGUGUUGUGUGGCUUUGAGUUGACUUGUGACUGACUUUAGGAUAAUACAAGAGUAGAGAAGAUGGAUGUUUAAGUUCUUAUAGUAGCUUCAAACUUUUCUUCUUAAUGUCAUGUUUUCUUGGUGUGCUGUUCGAUUCGUGUGGAUGUGUGUGUAUAUAUACAGAUUACUUUGAGCUGCAGAGCCUUUUCUU